AUGCCAAGGAAUAAUUUUCGACGACAGAUUCAUGAAACACCGUGGCUUGAAUCAUUCCUCAUUCUACUUAUAUCGCAGGCAGGCUAUCCAUUAGAGGAGGACCGGAAAAUGAGGGAUGUCGCUCUGCUACAAGAAUUCCUGGAUGUAGCCAUCCAUAGAAAGCUAAAGCUCUCUUUGAUUACCCUCGUUCAGAUUGCAAGCAAAUUUUCCGGUCUCUCAGGAACUCAGAAUGGAAUUGAAUGGAGCUUGAUAGCCCGAAUAUUACGGCUCGAUGUGGACGUGUUUCUAUUGAACUCUGGCGUUGAGCAGUCUGUCACCUUGCUAAACUCGCUGCUUACUGGAAUAACAGCUUUUCCUUUACAAAACGAUUUUGCUUCAAAAGAUCUACAUGAUUUAAUCAAACAUGAGAUCGUCAUUCCGCUUGUUCGGGGGUUUUUCAACGCCCGAGAUGGUCCUGCUUUCAUCAGACUAUGGGCUGAGCAGAUUGCUGAAUCAGAGUCAUCCCGGCAUUUGAUGAAAAAACAAGAUUUGAUCUCAAUCUGGGAGAGUGAUGACGUGGUCAAAGCUUGUGGGCAGUGUUUGGCAUCUUCAGGUACUCAGCUUGAUGCACAAGUUGGAGAUCUUCUGCAAAGAAUUCACCUAAUAAAACUUUCCGCGGAUAGUUUGCCUGGCGCAUAUUCCUCUCUUGUGGUCCUUGACUCUCUCCUGAUUUCCCCCAUAAAAAGUGGGCUCGAUGCCAUUUCGAUUAGCCGUUACAAGCAAAUAUUGGAAGAGCUAUCAGAUAUUUUCUCCCCUGACCUUACAGCAGUCUGCUGGAAAUGGAGAAUAUGGCGGUGUUUGCAAAAUUCUGUUUCUCGAUACCCGGCUUGCUCGGAAUCAAUCCAGUUUGAUAUGAAGGGCUCUUUGAUUCCUCUAGCUUUACGCAAGAUAGAACUCUUUGCCCAGAACCCUAAGGCUUUUUCAGCUCAAGAUUGUUUGGAGACAUUUUGGUCUUUUAAUUUCGUUCUUAGCCUUGGAAACAGAGCAUCGGGUACUGAUUUCAAUGACUACGUUAAUAAAUCUACCCACGAAAUGUUAUCAAGUUUCGAGAAUCUUUUAAACAGCAGCUUUGCUACUUGGAAUGGUCAAGUGGGGGCCCUCUCGACCCCGGUUGCUGUUGUUAUUGCCUGCAUUACCGCCUUACUUGGUAACAUCCAAAACCUGGCCUCUUUGACUUCCGACACUCGUCAACUUCUAUUUACUAAUCUACUCGUAUCACUGGAGAAUGAACCCACCUCUAUUGCAAACAUUCAGCUCUCACAAAUCUGGAAAGAUUUCUUCUGCUUUCAAUCCGGUAUGGAAUCGACCACCAUUGUGGAUGACCUGGUUAAGGUAGCCUAUGAUAGACUCGCAAAUCAAAGGAACCCGUCUAGGGUAUUGGUUAGCAGUCUUUUAUAUAUUCCCACCCGUUUAGUAUCCCGCUCGCAGCGCGGUUUGAUCAUCGAUACUUUGCAGUCCUUCUUACUAAGUAGUAAAGUUGGACUAGAGAUGAAAGUGGAUAUUCUACUGCUUAUGACCAGGCUAGUAGAGGUUGCAAGGUCAUCUGCCCAAAUAUUCGACGAUUCGGAUAAAAUAUGGGAGAUUUCACGUUCAAUUGGCACAGGCGACGGCUGUGAUACCCAGUUGCUAUUCGAUACAUUCACAAAAUUAUAUGAAGCUAUCACCGUGCGGUUCGAAGCGGCACCUGAAGAUUCAGUUACAAAGUUUUUGGAUACUGUUUAUUCGAGAACAAUAGAAAGGCCACCAACCCGGAGUUAUAAAACCAUGGAAUACUAUCUCUUUACACUUUCUCUAUCUCAUUUGCACAAACGCGAACAUCAACUCGGCGAAGAACGGUUUCAGACCAUUUGCACUCUGAGGCACAAAGUGUUCGACGACCUUAUUUCGGACCUGCAUACCUUGACAAAAUCCAUGAAGAAGACAUACGAGGUCACUGACACGGCCAGGUUGACUGGAAUUUUGUGCGCUCUAGACAACUUCCAAGGUCUUCUGCGUGAAAGCAAAGAUUCGCGGAAGAAAAUACGCAAACUUGGGGAAUACAUGUCCAAAUAUAAUUUGCCAAUGUCUGUGAGAAAGCAAUUGAAAUUAUUAAGCUUGGCUUCGAAGGCACCGAGUGCCGAUUUUGAAUCACGAUUACAUGACUGCAUGACCUUAUUUCCGUUUGGGCAGCUACAUGGAAAAGACCAACGGUCCCUCGCCCGCAGGAUACAAGCUCAAAUAUCGGAGAUGGAGGAAGAUGCUGCGGUGAAAAUGAUCCAUAAUACGUGUGAAGCAGAUCUAUCGGGCGUGGAAAAUGUCUACCGACUCUUAUUGCUAGGGAUUUCUGUCAUUAGAAUAAGCCCUGUCCAAGAUAGGGAUUCUACCGCUUCGAAUGAACUCUCAACAGCUUUCACCAAGGUUUCUACGGCAUUAGCUCACAAUAGUUCCAUUGAGUCUUUCUGUCUAGCAGCAGAAGCCCUGGACAUCAUCUUACGAACACAAUCUAGGUCUGUCACUCAAUGGAACAUAGACAAUCUGUUGGCGAAUAUUUGCCUCGUUUUGUCCCCUUCUGGCCCGCCAAUUGACGCAAAGUUCGCUGGUACUAUUCAUACCAGGCUCUGCAAACUACUCGGCACCUUGUUCACCCUAUAUCGGCAAAAACUUAGUGGCCGGUUCCACCUGGUUCUUCCAGUCAUGCAAGCACUUUUAAGAUGCUUAUUCACGUACAACCAGAAGUCAUCAAACUCAUCCGGUGCAGUUUUAGCUCGUCCACCAUGGGUUGAGGGCAGCCAUAACAUGGAACCUAGCCAUGGAACACAGUUUUCCCGCCUUCUUAGUUCUCUUUGCGACCCAACUGUUUCCUCGGUGCAACGACCUGGAGGUGUGGGACAUUCUAAACAAGCAUUGAACGAUAAUACGAAGAAAGUGAAAAGUCUGGCAGGCCAAUAUCUGCAGUAUCUUGUCAUGGAAUACACAUCCUGCCAGUUGAAGGGACAUACCCCCCCUGAAAUGAAAGCAACAUUGAUGCCAGGGAUGUAUGUUAUUUUGGACGUCAUGUCGCAAAGUACGAUGCGUGCGAUGAACGCAGGGAUGGAUUCUUCUAGCCGUGCGGUGUUUAAAACUCUCUACGACGAUUAUAUUCGAUUUGGAAAGUGGGACCAUAAUUAA